GGAGCUGUCACUAGGCGAUUGGCCUCCUGUGGGAGCACUUCCGGUGACGUGGAGUUAGCCGGGGAGGAAUGAUGGCUGGUACUCGGCGCUCGCUGCUGUUUCUGACCGCCCUGUGUGUGGCUGUGGCCCCCCGGGCCCUCGCUGCUCCCCGAACCCUAAUCCUACUGGAGAACAUCAACAUCAAGGAGACCCACUCACUGUUCUUCCGCGGCCUCGCCGACAGAGGAUUUGACCUAACCUUCAGAACAGCUGAUGACCCUAGCUUGUCACUCAUAAAAUAUGGAGAGUUUUUGUAUGACAAUCUGAUAAUAUUCUCACCGUCAGUAGAAGAUUUUGGCGGAAACAUCAAUGUUGAGACGAUCAGUUCCUUUAUUGAUGGAGGUGGGAGUGUUCUGGUGGCUGCCAGCUCAGAUAUUGGGGAUCCUUUGCGGGAAUUGGGCAGUGAAUGUGGUAUUGAAUUUGAUGAAGAAAAAACUGCAGUAAUAGAUCAUCACAACUAUGACAUCUCUGAUCCUGGGCAGCACACACUAAUUGUGGCGGAUUCAGAGAACCUUCUGAAGGCACCAACCAUCGUGGGAAAAUCUACUUUGAAUCCCAUUCUGUUUCAGGGGGUUGGCAUGGUAGCAGAUCCUGAUAAUCCUUUAGUGCUGGACAUUCUCACUGGGUCCUCAACUUCUUACUCCUUUUUCCCUGAUAAACCAGUCACACAGUAUCCGCAUGCUGUGGGAAAAAACACUUUGCUAAUUGCAGGGCUACAGGCCAGAAAUAAUGCUCGUGUUGUGUUCAGUGGAUCAUUGGAUUUCUUCAGUGAUGCUUUCUUUAACUCUGCUGUCCAGAAAGCCAGUCCUGGCUCCACCAGAUUCUCCAAAACUGGAAACUAUGAGCUAGCUUUAGCUAUGGCCCGCUGGGUGUUUAAAGAGGAGGGAGUCCUGCGGGUUGGCGCUGUUUCCCAUCACCGUGUUGGAGAAAACACUCCCCCCAGUGCUUACACAAUCACCGACCUUGUGGAAUACAACAUUGUGAUCGAGAAGCUUUCUGAAGGAAAGUGGGUUCCAUUUGAUGGCGAUGAUAUUCAGUUGGAGUUUGUUCGCAUUGAUCCAUUCGUUCGGACUUUCCUGAAGAAAAAUGGUGGGAAAUACAGUGUUCAGUUUAAACUACCUGAUGUGUAUGGUGUCUUCCAGUUCAAGGUGGACUAUAACCGACUUGGCUACACGCAUCUGUAUUCAACAACUCAAGUGUCUGUACGACCGCUGCAGCACACACAGUAUGAGAGAUUUAUCCCAUCUGCUUUCCCUUACUAUGCCAGUGCAUUCUCCAUGAUGGGCGGCCUCUUCAUAUUCAGCAUCGUUUUCUUACAUAUGAAAGAGAAGGAAAAGUCAGAUUAAGGAGAAGAGUCAUUGCUACGCACUGAGGGACCAGCAAGAGCAUUUAUACAGUGAUCCAACCGGAAGCAGCAGCCGAGCUCCUGGGACAGUGUCAUUCACUGGGUGGAAAAUGGGACAUCAUCUGUGAUUUAUUUUUUAUUUUAUUUUUUUUGGAAGGGUUAUUUUUUUGUUUUGUUUUUUUUAAUGUUUGCUCCCCCCCCAUCAUUGUUGGAGGUUGUAAAAUUAAAUGGGGCAAAUUGUCUUUAACAGGAAACCAGAAGAUUAGUGCUGGAAUCUUCUCCAGCAAUGAGUAACAGAAAGUCACUUGAGUUGUCAUUUUUAUUUUUGGACUGUAACUUGCACUUGGAGAUUAUUUUUGGCAUUUCUAUGAAAUUAAAGUGUUUCCCCCCCAUUU